UUGCAGGGACAAUUGCUUUGACCUGGCCACCAUCAAUGAUAUGGAAAAGAUGGCAAAAGUACUUGAAACUGUCAAAGAUCAAUAUGAUUCUGCCGUGUGGAUCGGGCUUUGGAGAGGCAACACAUUUAAGUGGCACUGGUCUCUGGCAGACAAAGAAUUCUACAAAGAGGGAGAGAGAAAUUAUUUUAUUUGGAGCUUUUUGAAUGACAAUUUCAACUGUGGUUCUUACAAAUACGGGACACUGAGAGCAAACAACUGUGGAAAUUCUAUUUAUUUCAUUUGCUUUGAUGAAACACAACAAGGUAAAGAUCAGUACAUCCUUAUUACACAAAGUAAAGCUUGGAUUGCUGCUCGUGACUACUGCAGAACACACUACACAGACCUGACCAGUUUAAGGAAUGACGCUGAGUACCAGGUGAUCCAGGAAGUAGCCAGUGGCUUUGAGGUCUGGGUUGGCCUCUUCAGAGACCCCUGGGAGUGGUCAGACCAAAGUGACUCGUCGUUCAGAUACUGGAAAGCAAACAAACCAGUGUGGACUGAGAGUUGCAGCUGUGGUGCCUUGGUGAAGCUGGAAUCAGGAAGAUGGGAUGAACUGGCUUGUGAGGACACAUAUCCAUUCCUCUGUGACUGCAAUGAAGCAGCAACUAAGGAAUAAGAAUGUGAGCGCAAAUAUUCAACUAGAGUGGAGAAAACAAGAUGAUGGGAGAGUUUUUAUCAAUGAACCCUAAAGAAACAGCUGAAGAGAGAAGACUCUGGCCAACAGACUGUUUUUGAAUAUUGAAUACAUCAUAUAUAGAAGUAAUCAGUAGAAAAGAUCAAUUAUUUUGGAUUUAAUAAUUGUUUUGUUCUGUUUUUUAUUGGUGGUGGGUUUGUUUGUUUUUUCAGAAAUUCUAAUGUUUUUCAGUUCCCAUUUACAAACACAAUUUUCUUAAACUCCUGGACAUACCAAGACUCAGCCUGAGAAAGUAAAAAUGGUAUAUGUAGGUACUGGAUCUGAAAAGGGAAGCUAAAGCAGAACUCCAUUAAAUCUGCAGUGUUUCUAAUAGUCAACAGGGGGUGACUCCUCCGGUUGGAAAAAGGGGGGGGGGGGUCAGGCCACAUAGAAAUCUGUGAUGAAAAUCCCAUAGGCUUAAUAUUAUGUGUAUUUUGAAUAUUAUAAUCCCUGUUAUUGUCCACAAAGAAUAAUGUUUUAUGCUCAAAAAUUGUGACCUUUGACCAUAACUGCUGUCCAGACAACACAGACUUAUUUUUUAUAUUGGUUUACAAAUUAAUGAAGAGCACAAAACAUGUUUAGAAGUAAUGCAUUAGACACACAUAAUGUCAAAAAAAAGUGCUGUCUCAUUAUGGUUUGUAUGUUUUAUAUGCUCCUAAUCCAGUUUUGUCCUUUCUCCUAGUGAUGUGACAAAUUUCAUGUUUCCUUUAAUGGAUUAAAAUUGGUCACUGAAAAUUGUGCACAUCUAACACAGUUUGUGUGGUUGUUUCGAGCCUUUAUUCGCUGACUGGUAGUUGUUGCAUUUUUAGGCUGUCAUUUUUACUUUUAUGAACUUUACUAUGUGUGUUUUGAGAAGCAAUUAUUCUUCUGCAUACUGAGAAUCCAUUUUCAUAUAUUUAUGUGACAUUUAUUUUAAUCUACUGUCUUUACAAGAGUGUUUGUUCUUGGUGAAAAUGUACAUAGUCAUGACUACACACAGAAUACUGCUUUACCUUGUGAGUUGUAUACUUAUUCCAUCCACCCAUCCAUCUUCUUCCGCUUAUCCGUGGCCGGGUUGCGGCAGCAGCAGCCUAAGCAGGGAAGCCCAGACCAAACACCAAGACAUGUCCUGGGUCUCUCCCGGGGCCUCCUCCCGGUUUUAUUCUUAUUUUACUUUGUUAUUGCAACACUUGAAGUUAUAGAAUAUGCUUUAGGGAUACAAUAUAUCUCAAGAUUAUAUAUAAGAGACAUGACAUUAUACAGUGCCCUGUUUUUCUUUGAAGAUACUGUUUGUAAGUGCUUGUGUUUAAA